CGAGAUGAACAGAAAGUGAGGACAAAAGAAGAGGGGAAUAUUGUCAUCUCCACCUGCUGAGCAGAAGCCAAAGGCAGAGACAUGGGUGGCAGGGCAGAAGAGAGGAGGGAAAUGGGGUUUGCUCAGGGAUUUUGUUGAUUGGCAAGAAACCCCUCCAUCUAGGAGGAAUACAGAGAGGCUGUGUACCCAUGAGGGAAAAACCUGGUGAAGUUUUAUUCGGCACAUGCCCUCAGCCAAGCUCUUCAGCCCCUCCAUCCAGCAAGACGUUUGUCAUGGGCUUAUCUUUAGCCCCCUUUGACUCACAGCCUGAAGCUGAGGCCAGAGGGAGGUGGGCAGGGGGCUGUGCAGGAGCAGCCCUGCAUGGGGCAGAGCUGGAGCCGUGCAGGCAGCGCUAGGACCUUAGGAGUGCUCCACAGCCUCCUCCCAAAGGAUUAGCUAAUAUUCCCAGGGCAGGGCGCGCUCCCCAUCUACUUUUUCUUUCCUCUCUAUACGUGUGUUUUCCCUUCUUCUAGUUCAUUCCAGAGCAGAGAGAGCUUUGGAUUUCACUGAGCUUCUCUCUCUCUCUCUUUUUUUUUUUUUUUUCACUCACAGCUGGACUGCUGCCAGUGUCUCGCAGGGCCGGCGUUUCAUCUAUCGGGACAGAUUUUUCACCCCAGCCCAGCUGCACGCCCGCUGCCUGCAAGCAAACACCAGCAGCAAGCAGAGCUCUGGAGGGCAACACACCCCAUCCCCAGCCAAGGAGGACGUGGAGAGGAAGGAAAAUUGCCUCCAGCAUUCAGAGAUUGUACCAGCGCAGCGAAAGAAAGAACUGUCGGAUCUCAAGGCAUGAGCAGCAUACAAGCUGCCCUGGGCUCUGCUGGAUCCCUGCACAUAAUAUGACUGAUGCUGAGCUUUUCGUCUGCCUUCACAGAGCCGAGCUUUUGGAUUUAAGGUAGUUUGCCCAGGACUGGACUUUGCUAUGCUGGCCGAGGCAGCUCUUGUGCUCGGUGUGUGGCUGCAGCUCGCUGCGGGGCAGGAGGCACCUGGCCAAGGUCCUCAGCCCUCUAUUUCCAAUUCAGAGGGAGACAUCCUCUUCUUACUGGACAGCUCUGGCAGCGUCUCCUACUAUGAAUUCUCCAAGGUCAAGGAAUUCAUGUGGGACCUCGUGCGGCCUUUCACCUUUGGCCCCAACGAUGUCCAGACCAGCAUCAUCCACAUCAGCACAACUCCCACCAUGGAGUUCCCCUUUGACCGGUACCUGUCCCGUGGGACGGUGCAGCAAGCCAUCCGGGACACCCGACAGCUCAUGGGUGACACCAACACAGGCAAAGCGCUCUCCUUUGCCAAGGAGAAGCUCUUCAGCAAUGACGCCGGUGCCCGGCCAGAUGUGCCCAAGGUUCUGGUUUGGGUGACGGAUGGGUUCUCUAGUGAUGACAUCUCUGAGCCCAUGCAGCUCCUGAAGGACAUGGGAGUGACAGUCUUCAUUGUCAGCACUGGGAGGGGGAAUUACCUAGAGCUGUCUGCUGCUGCCAGCCAGCCUCCUGAGAAGCACCUGCACUUUGUGGACGUGGAUGACCUCCCCAUCAUCACCAAGGAGCUGCGAGAUGCUAUGCUAGAUGUUAUCCAAGCAAAUCGGCUCCGUGUGGUGGAUAUCACAUCAAGUAGCUUCCGUCUGACGUGGCCCCAACUCCUCUCCCAAGAAACUGGUUACUACACCCUCCAGUAUGCCCCAACAGAUGACCUGGCAGCCAAGAGGACAACGCAGGUGUCUGGGGCUCACACCAGCCUCACACUGAGCAAUCUUGCUCCAGAAACUACAUAUGAGGUGGCACUUGUUCCUGAAUCCAACAUCCACUACUUCCCUCCCCAGACAAUAAGGGUUACCACCCUGGCAGAGGAAAUCAGUCCAGCUCAGAUUCUCAUCUCGGACUCCAGGCCGCACAGCUUCCAGGUCAGCUGGGCUCCUACACCAGACAGUGUGACCAGUUACCAGGUCCUGUAUGGGCCACUUCGUGGGAACUCAGCACAGCUGCUGGAGGUGGAUGGCACCCACAACAGCACUGUUGUGGAGAACCUGGCACCCAACACCACCUAUCUGGUGACAGUGACUGCGAUCUACAGUUCAGGAAUGGAGAAAUCAUUGUCAGCCAAAGCAUGCACUCAGGAAGAGGGCUCCAAAGUGAGGCACCUUCGCUUUGAAGACAUGGGCUCCAACACCCUGAAGGCUUCAUGGGAUGCUGCAGAUGGGAAGGUCCUCGGUUACCGAGUCAGGUGCCGGCGGCAAACCGGUCCUUCAUCACUCAUCAGUGUGUCACCACAAAUCCACAGCGUGCUCCUCACAGACAUGGCCCCAGGCACCACAAACAAAGUGUGUGUCAAGUCCAUGUACAAGCAUCAGCCAGGCAAGGGGCUGUGCCGCAUGGUGCGCAUGCAGCCAGAAGCCCCAGGGUACAAGCACAGACAGAGGGCAUGACAGACCUGAGCGUGAACUGAUCCCCCAAGAGCAGGAGAUCUUGCUUGGAACAAAGGUUUGGAUGAAACGGAGGGACCUACAGAGGAAAUCAGAAAGCUCACAGACCAUCUCCCAGCCUGCACUGUCUGUUGAGCUGUCCUGGUUGCAAAGCCUGAGGGCCACACUCAGUCAAGUUCUUUGCAAAGCUUGAAGAUGGGGUUCAGCUGGACGGAGCUGACAAUCCCACUGCUAGAUGCCAAAUCUGUACCCUCUCUUGUAUAAACAUGCCUGACAAACAACAAACAAAAGGCAACCCGAUGAAUCCUCACUAUUGCUUGCUUAUUUCCUGUACUCUAUUUAUUAAAUGUUGAUACAGUUGUA